AUGCCUCCCAAAAGAUUACAUCACAAAACUUAUUCAUCAGAAGUAUCCCCUUCGAAACUUCUGGCUUAUCCUACCCAAAGAGACUAACCUAAAGUCUCUAAAUCUCCCACUUUUUAAUUUGAUUUCAAAGUAAUCAAAUUCUAAAUUUUCAUAGACUAACAAACAAAAUGGUUCCUCUUCUAAUCUUCAAUAAUUAUAAUAAUAGUAAUAUAUUCGAACUAUUAUCUGAGGAAAACUAUUCGAAAAUUUCAAUAAUAAGAUCUCCUUAUAUCCAAAGGCUUUAUCUCUCCACAAAAUUUAAGUUCAAAUCCAAUAUUUUUCCAAUCCAAUUUAAAAAGUAAAUAUCAACACUAGUUUUCCAAUCACAUAAAAACUUAGCCUUAUUCUAAUUAAAAUCCUUUAUUCUAAAAUUUAGGAAUAGGAAUAGAAAUUGAAGAAAAUAAAGAGCAUACAUUGAUUUAAUAAUUUUAUCAGAAGUUUUAAGAAAACUUGCAAACAAAAUCAUUAAAAAAGAAUUCUUUAUCUCUAAAAUAACAUACAGACAUACCUGUAUUAGACAUUUAAUAAAAAUAAUAACUAGAGACCUUAUAUAACAAUUAAUUUCAUAAAUCUCAAGGUUCGUUUCGUCCAUAGAGCACUUAGAAGAAUUCAUUAUAUAAGAAUGAUACUCAUUCCAUUAAUAAUAGAAUAGCAAUAACACCUAUUCUCUAAUUUAAUACUCUGAAAGAAGCUCCUAUUGAAUUUCAAUCAAAUGAAACCCUUACUGCAAGGAAGAAACCCAUUCUUCUACUGGUUUUACAAUACAAAAUGCUCAAGAUAAAAUUAUAAGUUGAUAUAUCCACCCAAACUAUUCAACAUUUGGUCGAUAUUGUUAAGUAAGAAAUCCAUAAAAAUUUGGAAAACUUUAAAUAAAAAAUCAUAGGAAUUUAAACUUGCAAUUUAUCCAUCCCAGCAGACUAUAUUUUGUCUAUGACUGAAAAAUCUUUAUUAAUUUUAGAUUAAUGUUCAAUAAAACCCUUGUUAAUAGAACCUGUUUUUGAAAUUGAGAAUGAAAUUUAACCUUCCAGAGUGAGUCUCAGAGAUUUUGAAUUUAUAAGAUGUAUUGGAAUGGGCGGAUUUUCGAAAGUUUAUUUGGUUAGAUAAAGAUAAACAGGGAAAUUUUUUGCUAUGAAAUUGAUCGAGAAAGGUCCAAUUAUUUAAUAAAAUAAAUCAAAAAUCAUUCAAAAUGAAAGAGAUAUCAUGUGUUUGAUAGACGAUCCUUUUGUAGUUAAAAUGUAUUACGCAUUUGAAUCUAGAAGAUUCUUUGUCUUUGUCUUAGAAUAUUGUUCAGGAGGUGAACUCUUCUUUUUACUGAGAAAAAUUAAAAGAAUGAGUGAAAAAGAUGCUUUUUUUUAUUUCUCUGAAAUUUGUUUAGGAAUGAAAACUCUGCAUUAUAACAACAUUAUUUACAGAGAUAUUAAACCUGAAAAUAUAUUAAUUGAUAUGGAUGGACAUAUCAGAAUAGCUGAUUUUGGAUUGUCUAAGCCCAACAUAAUUGAAACUGAAAAUGCAUACUCUUUUUGUGGAUCCUCUGAAUAUAUGGCACCAGAAAUGCUAUUAAAAUGUGGGCAUACUUUUUAAUUAGAUUUGUAUUGUUUAGGAGCAUUGCUUUACGAAUUAAUAACAGGGCUCCCUCCCUUCUAUUCAAGAAAUCUUGAAGAAAUCUAUUAGAGAAUUUUAAAUUAGAAAUUAAAUUUCCCACCUUAAUUAUAAUUAUCAUCAUCAAUUAAACAUCUUUUGACAAAUCUAUUAGCAAAAAAUCCUAAUGAUAGAAUUGAUUCCAUCGAUACUGUUUUAAAACACCCUUGGAUGACUUAAUGGGGAGAUUCAAAUUUAUAUACUGAUAUUAAUUCUAAAAAGAUUCGUCCACCAUAUGUUCCUGAUUAUUUUGCUCUCAAUUUUGAUGAAAAAGAGUUUGGAAAGGGGGAGGCUGAAUUUUUGUAAUUUAUCAAGCCUUUACAAAAAAGCGUAUAAGAAAACUUUCCUAAAGAAAUCAUUCUAAAAGAAUUUUAUUUUAAUAAAAAUGAAAAUAUUUGUGAUGCAGAGGAUUAAAUAAAUUAAGAAUUGGAGUAGAAAUAAACUUAGAAAUUAAACAAAAAAGGAAAGUCUGCUAUGGAGGAUAGUUUACCAUGUCAUAAAACAGUCUAAGUGAAUAAAUAUAGUAAUUUAAAAAGGAUGCUUACUGAAAUUGAACCAAAAUUAUAAUUAGCAUGA